UUAACACCGGAAGCUGUAGUAUUCCGGCUAGCUCGACACGAGCACCCCAAAUCGCCUUAAGGUUGUUCAGACUUCAACGGUUUUUUUCUGCGGGAAUUUGUUUCGUCAGAACCCCACUAAGAGACAAGCAACAACCAACAGAACGGGAUUCCCAUCGUGGACAUUUGGUUCCGUGUGAAGAUACCAGGCUUUCCGACACACUUCGUCCCCACGGUCCUGUGAUACAGGGGUUAUUGCCGUCCUGUGAAGGAUUCUUUCCUCUCAGCUGUCAGGUGUAAGGAGGAGAGGAAGCGAAGAUGCCGAAACCGAUCAAUGUCCGUGUGACCACCAUGGAUGCAGAGCUGGAGUUUGCCAUCCAGCCUAAUACCACAGGAAAGCAGCUCUUUGACCAGGUGGUGAAGACGGUGGGACUGCGGGAGGUCUGGUUCUUUGGCCUCCAGUAUGUGGACAGUAAAGGUUACAGUACUUGGCUCAAACUCAAUAAGAAGGUGACUCAGCAGGAUGUGAAGAAGGAGAACCCUCUGCAGUUUAAGUUCAGGGCCAAGUUCUUCCCCGAGGAUGUCUCGGAGGAACUAAUUCAGGAGAUCACCCAGAGACUCUUCUUCCUUCAGGUGAAGGAGGCCAUCUUGAACGAUGAGAACUACUGUCCCCCUGAGACGGCUGUGCUGCUGGCGUCGUAUUCAGUCCAGGCCAAGUAUGGAGACUACAACAAAGAUGCCCACAAGCCUGGGUACCUUACCCAUGACAGGCUGCUGCCUCAGAGAGUCCUGGAGCAGCACAAGCUGACCAAGGAGCAGUGGGAGGACAGGAUACAGACUUGGCACGAAGAACAUAGAGGAAUGCUCAGAGAGGACUCGAUGAUGGAAUAUCUUAAAAUUGCCCAGGACUUGGAGAUGUACGGCGUCAACUACUUCGAGAUCAAAAACAAGAAGGGCACACAGCUGUGGCUGGGCGUGGAUGCCCUUGGCCUCAACAUCUACGAACACGAAGACAAGUUGACGCCAAAGAUCGGCUUCCCCUGGAGUGAGAUUCGAAACAUCUCUUUCAAUGACAAAAAGUUUGUCAUCAAACCUAUUGACAAGAAGGCGCCUGACUUUGUGUUUUAUGCUCCGAGACUGCGCAUCAACAAGCGCAUCUUGGCAUUGUGUAUGGGUAACCACGAGUUGUACAUGAGGAGGAGGAAGCCCGACACCAUCGAGGUGCAGCAGAUGAAGGCUCAGGCCCGGGAGGAGAAGCACCACAAGCAGAUGGAGAGGGCUCAGCUGGAGAAUGAGAAGAAGAAGCGAGAGCAUGCAGAGAAAGAGAAGGAGAGGAUAGAGCACGAGAAGAACGAGCUCAUGGAGCGGCUGAGGCAGAUUGAAGAGCAGACGAUGAGAGCUCAGAAAGAGCUGGAGGAACAGACUCGCCGGGCCCUGGAGCUGGAGCAAGAGAGAAGGCGAGCAAGGGAGGAGGCCGAGAGGCUGGAGAGAGAUCGGCAGUCGGCUGAGGAGGCCAAGGCAGAGCUGGCCAGACAGGCUGCAGACCAGCAGAAGACCCAGGAACAACUGGCUGCUGAGCUGGCUGAAUUCACAGCCAAGAUCGCUCUACUGGAAGAAGCCAAGAGGAAGAAGGAUGACGAGGCCACCGAAUGGCAGUAUAGGGCCCUGUCGGCCCAGGAGGACCUGGAGAAGACCAAGGAGGAGCUGAAGACCGCUAUGACUGUGGUGACGGCACCGCCGGCCAGCAAUGCUGACAGCGAGCACGAUGAGCAUGACGAGCAGGAUGAGAACCACGCGGAAGCCAGCGCAGAGCUCUCCUAUGAGGGCGUAAGCCAGCUGGACCUCCGCAGUGAAGAGGCGCGCGUCACUGAAGCCCAGAAGAACGAGAGGGUGAAGAAACAGCUGCAGACAUUAAGCUCAGAGCUGGCCGACGCCAGAGAUGAAACCAAGAAGACGCAGAACGACGUGCUGCACGCGGAGAACGUGAAGGCGGGCCGAGACAAAUACAAAACGCUGCGCCAGAUCCGAUCCGGCAACACUAAGCAGCGCAUCGACGAGUUUGAGUCCAUGUGAGCGCCGCGCCGCCGUCCCCUCGCCCCUCUUCCCCUCAGGGGCACCCGCUCCCGAACUGCGCCCUCAGCGGCUGCUCGAUUUUCACGGACACCGGUCGCUGCCGUCCUCGUAGUGCUACCAGGUCCCCCCCACCCCCCCCGCCCCCCAACACCCCCGAGGCAAUCUUGAGAAAUCAUCUUGUCAAACUUUGCCAAAGUCCUGCCCCACAUCUCCACUCUGAAAAUUACGGAUAUGUCCUUCAUAUGGAGCUUGCCUAGAUGCCACUCUGAACAAUCAGAUAUUGCACUGCAGAGAUCUGUAGUCCUAAAGCACAGGGGAAGGAGAAACUGUUCAACCAGAACGUAAGCAAUUGGACUUUUGCUUUGCUAUUUUCAGCAAACAUGGCCAUAGAAAGCUACUUUUUUUUUUUUUUUUUUGCUUUGCUUGACAAUUUGUAUGCAAAGGUUUAGAAUUAUUCUGUCUUCAGUUAAAUAUUACCCGUCUCCUGGCUUUUAAGUUACUUCCCUCUGCUUUAGUUUGACUCGUUUUUAUGCAUUAUGCCCUUCUUUUUUGUUGUCCGUUGAACACAUUAAGCUCCAAUAUAACAUAUAAUAUUAUAUAUAUAUAUAUAUAUAUAUAUAUAUAUAUAUAUAUAUAUAUAUAUAUAUAUAUAUAUAUAUAUAUUAAUUUAAAAAAAACUGGAUUUUGGGAAUAAAUGAGGUCACUGCUUUCAUUCGCCGUCCAGGCGCUGCUCAUGUUAUAUUAUGUCAAAACAUCUCACAAGCUCGUUGUGCUGAUUCUCUGAGCAUCUGAGUCACCGGAGAGCUCAGCUGAGGUCUUUUCACUCUAAUCAAUCAAUUCAAACUGUAUUUGAAUGUUUAUGUGGAAAAGGGACACUGCAGUAUUUUAAACAGUUUAAUUUCAGGCUUGAUAUCAAGAAUAGCAGUAAGUGAAUUGACCCUCGUGGGGAAAAGAGCCACCCGGCAGGUUUCGAUGAAGGAAUGUAGCAAAGGUCACAAAGGGAACGUGUUUUUUUUGUUUGUUGUUUUUACGUGCAGAGGUGAUCGGACAGCAUGUGCCACCGAGCUGUCUCCCUUGAGUUUAAAAGUGUUAUAAAGAUAAGCUAAUUGGUAGUUGUGUGUGUGUGUGUGUUCCAGUUGCGUCGUCCCCGUGUUUCAUUCCCAGUCACCGCUGAUGGUUUUCUCCGCCUACCAGCUCGGAGGAAGCCAGCGUAACACACACACACACACAGACAGGAACAGAAAGAGAGGCGUGUGCCAGCUGUUUGUCUCUCCAGCUGUUUGAGUCUAUCCAGAUGUGGAAGCUGAGGCCUGGCACCGCUCUGGCUGGGGAGCAUAUGAAAACAUCAGUCCUCGACCCCGGGACAAAUCUCUACCUCAGUAAUGUUAGCAGUGGUGACUGGUGGUCUUUUCCAAAAAAGGAAGGAAGGAAGGUCACGUUUUACUGGGUUGCUGUUACAUCCUUGAGUGGUGCUCCUGGGAAGGCUCCGUUGGUUGGGUUCUAUGUUAAAAAAAAAUAAAAAAAUGAAAGGAUCAUUGAUGUUUUGGUUAAUUCUCAUUUUGUCCCGAACAAUGAGGAAGGUGUCAUAAAUAGAGCUGCAGUGUGGCAUAAAGAGGCAUUUCAGAAGAAGUCAUUAUGUCCUGUGAAGGGUUUGGUUCUACGGUGUUGGUGGUGGUCUACAGAGGUCUGCACCCAAGACCUGGUUUAAGAGAAGGCUCUCCUGUGUAACAAUGAAUUGCCUUCUGACGGUUAGAAGACCUGCAGAGGGUUCAUGGGACGGAGAGACUUGUGAAUACGUAAAUGCAUUAUGUUAUUAUCUAUGCAUUAUAUUGGGAUUUCUGCAAAUCUCUCCUGAGUCAAAUGGAGGGUCGGCCAAUCUCUUCCCCUCAAAUCGUAUUACGGAUCCUCAUAAUUUGUGCUCCGACAACAAACUGACUCCAUCUUUUGUGGGGUGGAGAAUAUGUUCCAGGGUGCAUUUUUCUGAGUGAACAUGAAGUUGUCCUUUUUUUUUUUGAUGAAAAAUGUUAUUGUAUUUGUUACGCUAUACUUGACAGCUGGUGUAGGUUGAUAUAUUAUUAUUUUUUAAUAGCCAGAGUUUUAAAAGUUGAAGCACUUGGUGGUGUUUGCCACAGCAGGUGAAAAGAUGAUCAUUUUUUUGUAUCGUGGUCAAAGACCCUAAACCAGCAGCACCGGACAGCUUCAUUGGAGGGGGGAGGGGGUGCUCUUCACGUCCCUGGGGUCCACCCCCCCCACAUUCAGUCUGAAAGGCUUCAGUUGGACUACAUUCGGCCUGCCUGUCCCCUCCAAUGGAGCCCAUGUCUGAUGUCUGCGCUGGCACCAGCUGUCACGUGUUUUGCCGUUUUUGUUUUUUUCUCCUUAUGUUCAUGUUGGUAUUCUUUAAGAUAGAAAGCACAGGUGGAUUGCAGUCCAUUUCAUUGGUUCUCAAAUAAAAGUUUUAAAUUUUGA